UGUGUGGUACUGUAGUUGAUUAACCUUGACCCCUCCUACUCCCCCUCUCUGCUGAUAGACCUGAUGACAGCAAUACGAUUCUGACAUGGCGAAAUAUUUAUUACGGUUUGAUGCGCCAGAAAAACCUGCUCACACGCCGAGAUACACAUCACAUCCCCUUCUGCCAGGUUUAUAUCAACGGCCUCCAUAUGUUGUUGAAGACAAGGGCAAACAAGAUAUGAAGGUGCGAUGGUGCUGAGGCCCGGACGGUUCACAGGAUCCCAGCAGGGCGUUGAUAGACCAUAAUGCGCUACCUAGCUCACACGGCCCACAAGCAGUUCGUGGGCUUGCUCAUGGGCUGCGUGGCGUGGAUCAUCACCACGGCGGCCACGGGCCUCAACGAGUGGCGCCUGUGGCACGUUCAGGACACGACGGUGGUGUCGUCAGGCGUGGCCUGGGUGGGCAUCUGGCGCGCCUGCUUCUACAGCCACACCCUCGCCCGCUUCGAGUUCUGCCGCCAAAUGGACAUCACCGCGGGCUACCUGCCGCCGGAGAUCGUGACGGCGCAGGUUCUGAUGGUUCUGGCGAUGGCGUGCGGGCUGGCGGGGAACGUGGUGGCCGUCUACGCCGUCAGGAUGGUGUACUUCUCCGUGAUGAGGCGCAACCGCCUCCGACUGGCGUUCGCCGCGGCGGGGUCGCUGUACGUCCUCACGGGAGUGUGUUCCUCCGUUCCGCUGGUCUGGAACAUGACCUCGGUCAUGGCCAAUCAGAGCAUCGACUUCCCCCCAGAGUUCCACAUGCCGUCGGCGCCGACGCAGCAGAGGGUGGGGUCGGCGGUCGGCGUGGGGUUGGCGGGCUCCCUGCUGAUCAUGCUCUGCGGGCUGAUGUUCCUCUGCUACCGGCCCCCCCCCGGGAGGGAUGAGCCUAUCCAACGGACCGUAGACCACUUCCUCCAGGGCUCCUCGGGGCUGACCACCAUCGGCCCCGUGGGCGAGACCAGGGACGGAGGGAAGGAUAACCCGACCUUUGACCCCGAGGAGGGGCAACAGCCCUGAAGAUGAAGAAGAAGCCAUGAACACUCUUCCUCUUCAUGAGCAUGAUGUGCAUCUGGGGAAUGGUUGGGAUUUCACACCAACUGGAGUCUAACGGAUUCGGUAGAUUCAAGUUUAAUCUUAUUGGAGUUCAACAUUGACUGAUAUCUUCGCUGGAAAAGAAACGUCCGAAGCAACAUUUACAGUUUUUAUUGUAUAAUAUUCAAAUACAAGCACUACAAUGUGCUAAUAUAUAUUGUAAAUAAAAUGUAGCCUAACAUACAAU